CUACUUUACGUAGGUGCUAGGUGGGGUGUGCUUGUAGGGUUAGAGUCGUAGAGCUUUUGAUUCGGAUAAAGGUGUCUUGAAACACUUUUACCUUAUAAUAUUAUGGAGCCGUAUGACGUGAUUGUCAAUCAGCCGGUUGUCAUUGAUAAUGGAUCUGGUGUUAUCAAGGCAGGGUUUGCGGGGGAUCAAAUACCAAAGUGUAGAUUUCCAAAUUACAUUGGGAGGCCAAAACAUGUACGUGUUAUGGCUGGUGCAUUGGAAGGAGAUCUGUUUGUAGGUCCAAUAGCAGAAGAACACCGUGGCCUUUUAUCACUUCGAUAUCCAAUGGAACAUGGUGUAGUCACAGAUUGGAACGACAUGGAACGCAUAUGGUCCUAUGUUUAUAGUAAAGAUCAACUAGCUACAUUCAGUGAGGAACAUCCUGUUCUACUUACAGAAGCACCUUUAAAUCCCAGAAAGAAUCGUGAGAAGGCGGCUGAGAUAUUUUUUGAAACAUUCAAUGUUCCAGCUUUAUUUGUUUCCAUGCAAGCUGUACUUAGCCUAUACGCAACAGGCCGAACUACGGGAGUGGUUCUAGAUGCUGGCGAUGGUGUCACACACGCUGUACCUAUUUACGAAGGUUUCGCUAUGCCUCACAGUAUAAUGCGUGUUGAUAUAGCAGGGCGCGAUGUAACGAGGCAUCUUAGGUUACUUUUACGCAAAGAGGGUAUUAAUUUCAAGACCACGGCAGAAUUCGAAAUUGUCAGAAUAAUCAAAGAAAAAGGAUGCUACCUCGCCAGCAAUCCCCAAAAAGAAGAAACAAUAGAAACAGAGAAAUUUCAAUAUGUAUUACCCGAUGGCAGUCACUUGGAGAUCGGUCCGGCACGAUUCAGAGCUCCUGAAGUGCUGUUUAGACCAGAUCUGAUAGGCGAAGAAUGCGAAGGCCUUCAUGAAGUAUUAACGUACUCUAUUCAGAAGUCCGAUUUGGAUUUAAGAAAAGUUUUAUUCCAAAACAUCGUUCUCUCCGGGGGAUCGACAUUAUUCCGCGGUUUCGGUGACAGAUUAUUAUCCGAGAUUCGUAGAAUGUCGCCAAAGGAUAUUAAAAUAAGGAUAUCCGCGCCCCAAGAACGAUUAUACAGUACUUGGAUCGGCGGUUCUAUUUUGGCUUCUUUAGACACGUUCAAAAAGAUGUGGGUCAGUAAACGAGAGUUCGAUGAAGACGGGAUACGGGCUAUUCAUCGCAAAACAUUUUGAAUUUAAUCGAGAACUUUUAACAAAAUAUUAUAUCGAAUUAAUUUUAAAUACAAAAUAAUGGCACAUAUACUCGGAACGAGAAAAACAAAAACCAAAAAAAAAAAUGAAGCAGCUAACGUUUUUAAUUGUUUCGAAUAGAUAUUCUUCCGCUGUCGAGAUUCACCAUUAUUUAAUUUAAAAAAAAAAAGCAAACAAAUUAUCAUUACACACAAUGAAUUACAUUUUUAAGAGUCGCAAAUAUAACGCAACAGCAGUCUUGACUUAUCACACUGCUUAUGAUACAAUGUAACAUUAUUUUGAUAAGUAUAUAUAUAUAUAUAGCAAUAUUGACACACAGUGAUUUAGAUACAUUGAAUAUUUCCAUAAAAAUUAUAUAACACAAAAAAAACAAAAAAAAGAAAAGGAAAGCUAGCACAACAUUCAAGACGCUUUAAAAAUGUAAAUAAUGGUUUUUUUUGGCAUCAUAUGCAUAUUAAUGUGAGAAAGUUGCUCUGAAUCGUCACACCUUUUAGACUUAUUUAUUUAUUUAUGUUUAUAUAUUUAUCUUGUGCUCAGUCCUGUUACAUGUAGUACAAUAAAAAAAACAAAAACCCAAAACCGUACGUUCGUUCAACGAGUAAACGUUCCAUUUGAUUUGCACACAAUAAAAUGUUCUGUAAGUUUUCAAC